UGCCGUCACUCCUGACUGAGUCUCCGCCCACUGAUGACCUCACAGACUGACAGGAACCAGAGUUUCAGGAUUUGGGACAGAAACAAGUCGACGCUCAGAGAGAAAGUACGAUGAUGGCGGAGGCAGCGGCUCCAGAUCUGUUCUCUGAGCAGGAACUAACCUGCUCCAUCUGUCUGGAUCUGUUCGAUGAACCCGUCUCAACUCCCUGUGGACACAACUUCUGCCAGGCGUGUAUUGGCGGUUACUGGGCGUCGAGUCCCGUCUGUACGUGUCCUCUCUGUAAACGUGAGUUCGAUGAACGUCCUCAGCUCAGCGUCAACAAAGUCUUCGCUCUCAUCGCAGACAAAUACAAACUGGCUCGUUACGGAGCCGCAGGGUUACCGAUGCCGGUCAGGAACGGGACGUCGGCGCUGGAGGGCGCCAUGACGCCCAACGCCGGCAGCACCAACCCGUUCCUGGCGGUGUGCGGUGAGGAGGUGGUGUGGUGUGACGUCUGUACAGGUGUUAAACAGCCCGCUAUCAGCUCCUGUCUCACCUGCACCGCCGCAUACUGCACUGAGCAUGUGCAGCCACAUAAGACCUCACCUUUCUACGCCAAACACCCACUGAUGGAACCCCAGGAGGCCCUCAAGGGCCGCACAUGCUCACUACACCACCGCCUGCUGGAGGUGUACUGUCGGACAUGUCAGCGCUGUAUCUGUGCCAUUUGUGUCCUGGAGGAACAUCGAACACACAAAACCGUCUCCGUCCAAACGGAGAGACUCUACAAACAGAAACAGGUAGCGAGGACGGAGCAGGAGAUCCUGAACCGGAUCAAAGAGAAAGAGAUUCGUGUGACUUCGCUGAAGAAGAGACUGGACGGAGUCAAAAACCACGCGGACGGCGAGCGAGGCGAGGUGGAACGCCUCCUGGACGAAGUGUCCAGCUCGCUGGACAGGAUCCGGUCUCAGGUGGUGGGCGGGAUCGAGAACCAGCUGGAGGCCGUGAUGUCAAAGGGGGAGGGGCUAGUGAGCCGUCUGGAGGCGGAGCUUAGCCAGCUAAAGGAUGCGAGGGCCACGCUGGAGGUCCAGGCCAUCAGUCAGGAUCACAUCGGCUUCCUGCAGAGUUACGAGGAGGCCACAGCUCCUCUGGCUGAGGACCAGCAGGACGAGGUGGACGAGGACGAGGAGUUCUCGCUCCACUUCCAGUUGGGGGACGUGAAGAGCGCUCUGACCGAGGUGAAGGACAAGAUGGAGGACAUCAGGAUGGGGGAAGUUCGCUCCCGAGGCUCCCGAGGCUCGUGUGAGUCGCAGCCGCUCAGUUCAGUUUGGAAGAAACUAAACCGAAAAAACUCUAAAUUCUCAUCUGGGGAUCUGAUGAUGGCAGAGAGCAUGCUCAGUCUGAGAGGAAGCACCGCCAGUCUGAGGAAGAGUCAGUGGUCUCUGCGAGAUCUAAAGAAGAUCAAACCGGUCUCAGGACACAAGAAGGCCCGAGUCUACAUGGAGGACGUGACGUUGAACCCGGUGACGGCGUAUCCCUUCCUGAUCCUGUCUGAGGACAGGAAGCAGGUGAAGCGAGGAGAGAAGCUGCAGUUCUACAGAAACAGUCCGCAACGCUUCGACGUCUGGUCCUGCGUCAGCGCUAAAGAGGGCUUCAGCGCCGGGCGCCACUACUGGGAGGUGUCCGUCGGGGAGAACAAGGACUGGAAGCUGGGCGUGGUCAGUGAGUCGGCUCAGAGGAAAGGUCUGUUCGACAUGAGUCCUUCUAACGGAUACUACGCCAUCUGGUGGAGUGGCAGCCAUCUGCGGGCGCUCACUGUGCCGCCUCUCACCAAGGUGAAGACUCCUCAGAAGCUGCGUCAGGUGGGCGUGUUCCUGGACAUGGACGAGGGUCAGGUGUCCUUCUACAACGUGAAGUCGGGCUCGGAGAUCUACAGCUUCACCAGAUCCUCCGAGUUCACCGAGAGGAUGUUUCCUCUGCUGGGGACCGGAGACAAAGAGGUCCCCCUGGUCCUCAUGACCACCCAGCACCACCUCGCCUGAGGGGACCGGACCGAGCCACAAUGACGCAGACAGAACCUGGGAGAAAGGGGGAGGUAAUAAAUGGGGGAGGGAGCACUGGGACAUUAACGCUGGUUGGCGGCCAUGUUGGAAGCUCAGAAACUGAAUCCUCUGAUAGAGAUCGGUGUCACCAUGGUAACACAAUAUAUCUAUAGUUUCUUGCUAUAAAAAGUUCCUAAUUGUUCUAAGAUAACAAGAUCCUCCUCUGUCCCAACAAGAUCCUCCUCUGUGUCCCAACAAGAUCCUCUUCUGUGUCCCAACAAGAUCCUCCUCUGUGUCCCAACAAGAUCCUCCUCUGUGUCCCAACAAGAUCCUCUUCUCUGUCCCAACAAGAUCCUCUUCUGUGUCCCAACAAGAUCCUCUUCUGUCCCAACAAGAUCCUCUUCUGUGUCCCAACAAGAUCCUCCUCUGUGUCCCAACAAGAUCCUCCUCUGUGUCCCAACAAGAUCCUCCUCUGUGUCCCAACAAGAUCCUCCUCUGUGUCCCAACAAGAUCCUCCUCUGUGUCCCAUCAAGAUCCUCUUCUGUGUCCCAUCAAGAUCCUCUUCUGUGUCCCAUCAAGAUCCUCCUCUGUGUCCCAACAAGAUCCUCCUGUGUCCCAACAAGAUCCUCCUCCUCUGUCCCAACAAGAUCCUCCUCUGUGUCCCAACAAGAUCCUCUUCUCUGUCCCAACAAGAUCCUCUUCUCUGUCCCAACAAGAUCCUCUUCUGUGUCCCAACAAGAUCCUCUUCUGUGUCCCAACAAGAUCCUCCUCUGUCCCAACAAGAUCCUCCUCUGUGUCCCAACAAGAUCCUCCUCUGUGUCCCAACAAGAUCAGAAACCAACGUGUUUGUGGCGGCAGCAGAAAUUCGAUGUAUGUGCAGAUUCUUCUGCUUCUGGUAACAAUGUUGUGAAAAAUAAAUAUACAAAUAGAGUGAACUUUAAAGAA